AUGCGCUUCACCGCAUUGCUCACCGCGGCCGCCGUGCUGCUGUCCAGCGCGGCUGAUGCGCUUCCAUACGACGUGAUCCGCCAGCGGGACCUAACCUUCCCCUAUGGCUCGCAAAAAGUGCGCGGAGUCAAUCUCGGCGGCUGGUUCGUUCUCGAGCCAUGGAUCACGCCCUCCCUCUUCAGCGACGGCAGCGGCGCGGUGGACGAGUACACGCUGUGCCGUUCCUGGGGGAAGACCGCAUGCCGCAGCCGUCUAGAAGCGCACUGGUCCAGCUUCAUCAGCGCGGGUGACCUGCAGCAGAUCGCCGCCGCGGGAAUGAACCACGUGCGCAUCCCGAUAGGCUACUGGGCCGUUGACCCGCUCGAUGGUGACCCCUACGUCCAGGGGCAGAUCGCGCACCUCGAUAAUGCUAUUGCGUGGGCCGGCGCUGCCGGGCUCAAGGUUUGGAUAGAUCUGCAUGGAGCUCCCGGAUCCCAAAAUGGCUUCGACAACUCUGGCCUGCGUGACCAGAUUGGAUGGCAGAGUACCCCCGGCUACGUCCAGCACACCAAGGGCGUCAUCUCCAUGUUAGCGAAAAAGUAUGCGCGGCCGGAGUACAACAACGUAGUGACCGCGAUCGAGCUAUUGAACGAGCCAAUGGGCCCAAGCCUAAACAUGGACCAGAUCCGGCAAUACUGGAUGGACGGCUGGGGGGCCGUUCGGGACUACGGCGACAUCGCGGUCGUGAUCGGCGACGCCUUCAAGAGCCCCACCGAAUGGAACGGCUUCAUGACCACCGGCUGGAGCAAUGUCAUCCUCGAUACACACCAGUACCAGGUCUUCUCCCCGGGGCAGGUCGCAAUGUCAAUCGACGACCAUGUAGCUGCCGCUUGCGGCCUUGGUCGCAUGCUUGAUGGCGUGGAUAAGUGGACAGUAACCGGCGAAUGGUCCGGCGCUUUAACCGACUGCACGAAAUGGCUGAACGGCGUAGGCCGGGGCAUGCGCUACGACGGCACCUUCGCGGGGUCCUUUUUUGUUGGCAGCUGCUCGCGGCGGGUUAGCGGGUCGAUAUCGCAGUUUUCGGCGGCGGAGCGGGCAAACACGCGGCGGUACAUUGAGGCGCAGCUGGACGCCUACGAGCGCGCCGCCGGCUGGUUCUUUUGGACGUGGAAGACCGAGGGCUCACCUGAGUGGGAGAUGAGAGAUUUGUUAAGUAAUGGGGUUUUCCCACAGCCGCUCACGGAGAGGUGGUAUGGGAAUCAGUGUGGUUUCUAG